GGCUCCUCUCACGACCCGUCCGCGCGGCGACCCACAAUCCCCCGCGCCAGGACAAGAUGGAAGAAAGCAGCGCCCGCAGGAGAACAAUGUUUUGGCAAUAAAACCCCGAAACUGGCGAACAACGGAAGAAAAUACACUCGUUUCAAACCCGCUGCUGCGAUGUGUAGGAUAUCCUCCUGCAUCCUUUUCUAGUUUUCUCACCUCCCUUCCUCCCUCACCCCUCCUGCACGGCCCCCCGCCGCCAUGAGCAUCAUCCAGGACAAACUGGGAAACGAGUUUUUGCGUAACAGUGGAAUGGACCCCAACUUUGCGCCGGGCAUGUUGAUGUUCAGCCACCUGCCGCCCGUCACCAGCUUCACGCGCCUAUCUUCCCAAUCGGUCAUGGGCGAGCUGCCCCAGGAGAUGGUGCUGAAGAAGGAGCGGGACUCGCCGCCCGACCACCCAGGAGUUCAGGGCGCCAACGGUGGCUUCCUCCACAGCAUGGGCAUCAAGCAGGAGCGCCUCAGCGAGCUGGACUACCGCAUGCCCGUGUACGCCUCGAGCGCGGGCAGCUGUGGCGCUGCCGGCGGGAAGGACAUGCUGGAGAUCUCCUUCGGCAACCAUCACCACAACCACCAGGGCAUGCUCCUGCAUGACCUCAGCCUGGCCAACGUGCGGCCGCUGGGGGAACCGGUACCGGGCCGCCCCGGCAGGGAACCCAAGGAGCAGACGGGCCGACGCGGGCGCAAGAACGGAGACGGGCAGGGCGGGAAGUCCCGGAGAAAGAGAGGCGAUGCAAAGGCAAUGCUGCUGGACCCAGACGGCUCCUGCCUGUCGCCGAGCUCCAAACCACACAUCUGCGAGCACUGCAGCGCCGCCUUCCGCAGCUCCUACCAUCUGCGCAGACACGUGCUCAUCCACACAGAUCGCACAGGUGAGAGGCCCUUUCGGUGCAGUCAGUGCAACAUGAGCUUCAUCCAGAAGUACCUGCUGCAGAGACAUGAGAAGAUCCACAGUGGAGAGAAGCCCUUCUGCUGUGACCAGUGCAACAUGCGCUUCAUCCAGAAGUACCACAUGGAGCGACACAAGAGGACGCACAGUGGCGAGAAGCCUUAUCGCUGUGAGACCUGCCAACAGUUCUUCUCGAGAACCGAUCGGUUACUGAAGCACAAGAGAACCUGUGGAGAAGCCAUAAAGAGGGGCCUAGACCCCAGCAUGCUGGAGCUCAGCGAAGCGGAGCUGGGCCAGGGCAGCUUCUCGCUCACUCAGGGAAACGCCCCCGCCUCAGGCCGCAAGCGGGCCAAGUCCAAAAACAGCGAGGGUGGCGAGCGCAAGAGGAAGAAGAACGUGGCGGGCGCGUCGUCGUCCUCCGGGGACAUGGGCGUGCAGAACUUUGGCAUGGAGCAGCUGUCGGGAUCCGGCCCGCAGAUACGCACGCCCAAGCUAAUGUUCAAGAAAGCCGGCCGCAAGAGCCUGAUUCUGGGGGACGACGCCGGCGGGCAAAAGCUCCUAUCCCAGAAGCCCGGUGCCACGGAGCACGCGGCGGGGUCCGGGGACCCAGACGGCAUGGGUCUCCUGCUGGGCCCUGGGCCAGCCAAACAGGGCCCAGCCACCACCAGCAACUAUGACGACGCCAUGCAGUUUGUGAAGAAGCGGCGCUACCUCCACGCGGCCAAUAGCGACUACGGGGCGGGCGUCCAACAGGGCCCCCUGGGGCCCGAGCCCACGCUGGCCAUGCUGGACAACUCACCGUUGGAGCUCAAGCACGACAAAUCAGGCAUCCCGGACGAGGUGCUGCAGAGCCUGCUAGAGCACUAUUCCCACAAGACAGAUGGCGCACAGCACCACCACCACCACCACCACCACCACCAGCAGCAGCAGCACCACCAGCACCACCUCGACGUCAACUUUGACCUCUCAGACCACCCCCACCACGUGGACCUGCAGCCGGCCGCCCCCGUUACCCCCGAGCUGGAGGAGGACGAGUCGGGCGGGGACAAGACGGUGGUGAUGAGCGAGUACUCCAAGUUCCUCCUGCAGGCACUGGAGCGCACCAGUCACAGCGGCCCGUUCCCCAGCCUGGGCCCCAGCGGGCCCUUCCCCACGCCCUUCCCACUGCUGGCGAGCAGCUCCAGUCCCACGGGGCCGCUGUUCUCGGAGAAGCACGUGUACUCCACGUCGACGCUGGAGUGCGUCUACCCCCCCGCCAUCGCCUCCCCGCUUCCGGUGGCACCACCACCGUCCGCCAGCAGUUCCGCCUCCUCGACCGCCGCCGCCUCCUCCUCCGCCAGCUCCAAGUCGAGCCACUACGGCCUGCUGGUGGGCUCGCCCGCCCCGCCCGCCUUCCACCUGGGCGUGGAGCAGCAGCAGCUCACCCCCUCCCAGGAGCUGACGGAGCAGCUGGAGAAGCAGCAUUCCCCCGGGGGCUUCGGGCUGCCGCCUCCCCAGGACCUUUCGUCCCCCGGGGAGGGCCCCAAGAGAGCCCCGGGCCCAAAGGCCGGGGGCGGUGGAGCCACUGCCAACGGCUUGGGAUACCCGGACCUGGCGGCGACGCUGGACGGGCCCAAGGAAUCCCCCUACCAGAUAGAGAACUUUGCGCAGGCCUUCGGUUCCCAGUUCAAGUCCGGGCGCCACACGCCGCUGGGGGGCUACGGCCCCGGGGGAGAGGCGGACCCCCGCAUACGGACGGCCGUCUCCGAAUUCUCAGGGUACACCAGUCUGCUGGCCGAUGUCGGCGAGCCGGUGAGCGCGGGGGUCAAGACCCCGACAAGCCAAAGUUUCAGAUAAGGGUCAGGUGUCGGCCCUGGGUCCGGCAGGGGACAGGGCUUCCUUGAGGGGAGCCCCUCCCCCAUUCUCUUACUUUGCGUCUCGUAGCGCGGCAACAUACAGGAACAGAUGAACAGAAGAACACGGAAAUGAAACACUGCCAAUGUCGAUACUCUACCAGGGAGGGUCUUCCAUGGCCUCAAAUGCAAUUUUAAAAAAAUAUUCAUUUUUUUUGUACUAUGUAUUUAGUCUUUCUUUUUUUGUAGAGUAGUGGGUAAAAUGAACAUAAACCGUAGAUAUAAAUGUAAUUUAAAGACAUUUAGAGGGUAGCUAUGAACAUGCUUGAUUUAUUUUUGUUGAAUUUCUUACUCUGAAACUUGUGUUUUAGUGAUCACCAGGCCAUUGUAAAGUAAUAACUGAUGAUGUUGAUCGUUUCAAUAAUGUUUGUUGCAGGGAAAGGCCCAGAAUUCAAAUGGCAAAAAAAGUAUAUAUUGUCUGUUACAAAAUGUAUUAACUCAGGAAAUAGGCAAAAUUGUGUAAUAAGAAUUGUAUUUUGAGAUGCAAUUAGUUCACUUUUUACAGGUGUACUUUAAGACUAAAAAGCUUUCUUUUUUCUUAUUUUUUUUUUUUUUUUUACUCACGAAAAAGUUCCAGAAGCUUCCAUUUUGUUUCAUGUUUUGAUUUCUGUACAGCUUUGUCGAGAUUAUGGUACAGUUGUGUCGAUGUGAAGAUAUCCACUGACGCAUGUUUUACUUUUAAAUAUUUCUUUUUUAUAAAGGGCCACUUGUGCACAAUAGUUCAAAUGGAUUCUUGUUGUUUUUAAACGCUCGCUCACACCAGACUGUUAACCCAAAUCCAACGAUCGAUAUUUGGUACGUUUUAAGGCCAGCGGUCAACGAAAAUACCCCCCCCCCCGUUACAUGCGGUGCCCCUGGUUAACCAUGUGGCCCCUGGUUACCCACGGUGCCCCUGGUUAACCAUGUGGCCCCUGGUUAACCGCUGUGGCCCCUGGUUAACCAUGUGGCCCCUGGUUAACCAUGUGGCCCCUGGUUAACCGCUGUGGCCCCUGGUUAACCGCUGUGGCCCCUGGUUAACCAUGUGGCCCCUGGUUAACCUUGUGGCCCCUGGUUAACCUUGUGGCCCCUGGUUAACCUUGUGGCCCCUGGUUAACCGCUGUGGCUCCUGGUUAACCGCUGUGCCCCUGGUUAACGGCUGUGCUCCUGAGCGCAGGACUCCUGUACGUCGGCAGGGCGUGCUGUAUACCUGGUCUAUUCCAAUCCUCGCUGGGACUUUCCAGUUCGUCAAAUUAAUCAAAAAGCACUUUUUUCUUUUCUUUUUUAAACAAAAACAAUGUUUGAUCUGACAGGAACCCAUCCGGACGUGCGUGUUGACUGAUGGUUUAUAUUAUUUUUUAAUGAGGAGAAAACUGUGAACGGGGAGUAAGGAGUCUAUGGGCUUAGAUAAGAGUUGAUAUGCAUGGGCAUUUAGAUGUACUCUUUUAAUGGGUGGGUGGGUAAUGUAAAAAAUAUGAAAUGCCAUAACUUUCUUACUAUACAAUAUUCUGCGAGUACCAAUUUUGUAUUUAAGUUGUCUUGAGAGAGGGACAGAAAUGCUGGAAUCGCUGUUUAUUUUUUAUGACAAUGUUUUUUUGUUUUUUUUAUAUCACACUGUUGGGAAGUUCUGACCGCUGGAUGCGUCCAUAACCUGUUACAUUGUAUUUAUUCUCCUCUCGCUGCACACGCCUAGUUUGAAGCGUGUUCAAAAAAACAAUCCUGUUUCGCUUUAAUGCCACCUCCUUGAUUUAUCAACCCCAAAGAUCACACACUGCAGUGAUCCAGGGCACACUACGCCUCUUAUCUCCCCCACACCCCACUGCAACUACCAACAACUAGUAUUUUAUACAGUCCCCCACGCUCUUGUGAGGGCGGUCGUGUGCUCACAAUAGAACCAUGGCCAUCGCUGUCUUCCAGGGGCGCUGUCCGGCCAGCCAGGGUCUAACUUCUCCUACAUCUGUGAGCUCUACAACCAAGAGACUUUGAAGCACAUCGGUUUGCAGGGAACAAAGACUGACUGAUGACCAGCUUUACUAAUUCACGUGCACACACACUAUGCUUUCAGCGAAGAGGGAGGAACAAGCAGUUAAGAGAUGGAGCAAAAGAUGGACGGGGGAGAGAAAUGUCCACCAAUAGGAUUGACCUAAAUAUACCUCAUAUCAUUGACGCGUUAAAAGGCAGGGAUGUGCGUUUCUUGUAUGUUAUGGAAACAUUUGUAGGAUAGGUUGUUUAAUCAUCUGACACAGCACCCGUGUUUACAUUGUUUCUUUUUUUGAGACUGCAAUUGACUUGUUGAAAUGCAAAUGUAUAAUUUUAUUUUUAUUUUAUUUUGGGUCUGUAAAAGCAUUCACGCCGUGCAGUGUUCAAUUCUCGAUGCCUAGGGGAGAACGAUUUUUUUUUUCUCAUCUUAUAUCCGGUAUUUCUGUUACUCGCCAUAAUGUGUUUUUAUAUGAUCUGUAGAAGGACAUUGUUUACAAAAAUGUACAAAACACUAAAAAUGUGUUAAUUUGUUUUGGGUGUCUUGAUCUGACCUGCAUGACGAUACCAUGUUUCUAUGGCUUCCUUCAGGUCAUCUCAACACCAGAUUUUGUAGCAGAACCUCCGUUCUCCCUUUGGUUGGAUUUCUUGUGCAUCCCUUUGUGAAAUGGUUUCCAGGGCUGUAACGGUUAACUUUAUGAAUGGAUUAGAAAAGCCAAUAAAAAAAAAUAAGCAUUUGUUAUAAAAAAAAAUGGUUGGUUUUUAUUUUUAUUUUUUUAUGGUUUAAUUUAGAAGGUUUUUCCUCUACUGACUUUAGACAUUUCAUAACAGAUGGACACUUACAAUAACAAAUACUAUUACAACUAAUGAAGAGUGGCACACUUUACUUUCUUUGAAGUGUUUUCACCAUUUUAUGGUAAGAAGACCCUGGCGCUGACACCAUUAUGAGAUAUAUUCAUAUUUAAUGGUCUAAUAUAGAUGCCAUAUAAAGGAUAGAAACGAGCUAAGAAUCUCAAUGAGAAUAACCCAGAAAGAUUUACUUAUUAGACCUGCUUUACGUUUUUUUAGUCUAUGUAGGCAAGGCAAGGCAACUUUAUUUAUAUAGCACUUUUCAUACACAAGGCAGACUCAAAGUGCUUCACAUAUAAACAGUGUCAUACAAUAAAAUAAAAUAAUAGGUAAGUAAAAGAAAAACAUGCAAAAAAUAGAAAGUUAAAAAGACAUUUUAGUAUUAUAAUAGAAAAUAAAGGCAAAGUUAUUUAGCAGAAAGCUAAAGCAAACAAGUCUUCAGUCUUGUUUUAAAGGUGCUCAGAGUUGGGGCAAGUCUUAAAUCCUAUGGGAGUUUAUACCAGCUAUUUGUUGCGUAGUAACUAAAUCCUGCUUUCCCAUGUUUUGUGUUUACUCUGGGGAUAAUUAACAGAUUGGUCUCGGAGCUUCUUAGUGGUCUAAAAGGCUGAUGUAGUGGAAGCAUAUCAGUUAAAUAUUUUGGGCCUAAACCAUGUAGGGAUUUAUAGGUAAGCAACAUGAUUUUAAAAUCAAUUCUCUGACUUACAGGAAGCCAAUGUAACUUUCAGAAUUGGUGUAAUAUGAUCAAAUCUUUUGGUCUUUGUUAGAACUCUAGCAGCAGCAUUCUGAACAAGCUGAAGCUUCCUCAGAGUUUGUUUUGGGAGACCUGUAAGGAGACCAUUGCAGUAAUCAAGCUUACUAGUGAUAAAGGCAUGUACAAGUUUUUGUAAGUCUUCGGUGGACAUGAGCCCUCUAAGUCUUGCUCCAUUUUUAAGGUGAUAAUAUGCCGAUUUUGUAACUGAUUUGAUGUGACUGUCAAAAUGUAAAUCUGAAUCCAUGAUAACCCCUAGAUUUCUGGCUUUGAUGAGGUUUUCAGGGACAGAGAGUGAAGGUGUUGGGUUACUUUAAGCCUUUCCGUUUUAGAACCAAAUACAAUUAUCUCUGUUUUGUCCUCAUUUAGUUGAAGGAAAUGUUGGCACAUCCAUUCCUUCACUUGCUCAAUGCACUGACACAUCAGAUCUAUGGGCCGAUAGUCAUUUGGUGAUAGCGUUUCAUAGAUUUGCGUGUCAUCAGCAUACCAAUGAUGGUCAAUAUUGUUAUUUUGCAUGAUUUGCCCUAGUGGGAGCAUGUAGAUGUUGAAUAAAGAGGGUCCUAAGAUCGAACCUUGUGGGACUCCACAUGUCACGUUGGUUGAUUCUGAUACAAAGUCGCCAAUGGAAACAAAGUAGUUCCUAUUUUGUAGGUAGGACCUGAACCAAUUUAAGACAGUGCCUGAAAGCCCCACCCAGUUUUCUAACCUUUCCAGAAGUAAUGUAUGGUCUACAGUGUCGAAUGCAGCACUGAGGUCAAGUAGCAUUAGUAUUGAGGUUUUGCCAGAGUCUGUGUUAAGACGGAUGUCGUUUACAACUUUAAUAAGGGCGGUCUCAGUGCUGUGUAGGGGUCGAAAUCCUGAUUGGAAGGUGUCAUAGCAACCAGUUGAUGCCAGGAAGUAAUUUAGUUGCUGGAGGACAACUUUCUCAAUGAUUUUACUUGUGAAGGGUAGAUUCGAUAUUGGUCUGUAGUUGUUAAUAAUAGAGGCAUCUAGGCUCCGCUUUUUUAAAAGGGGUUUAAUAACUGCAGUUUUCAAAGCUUUUGGGAAAUUGCCUGACUGGAGAGAGUUGUUAACUAUCUGCAAUAUGUCUACUGCUAGGCAGUCGAAAACAUUCUUAAAGAGGUUGGUAGGUAUAGUAUCAAGGCAACAGGUGGAUGGCUUUAGUUGUGUCACAGUUUCCACAAGAUUUUGAGAGUCUAUAACAUUAAAGUAUGCCAUCCUUGCCACGUAAUUUUUGCCUGAACAGGGUGGUAGUCCAACAUUUUUGUUUGAAGUGGAGAUAUUGAUGGCGCGUCUGAUACCUUCAAUUUUAUCAAUAUAAAAAGCUGCAAACUCAUUGCAUUUCUGCCUGUAAUGGAGGUCAGGUGGAAUUUCUGUUGGGGGGUUGGUCAGUCUGUCAACAGUUGCAAAUAGGGUUUUUGCAUUAUUAGUGUUGGUUUUAAUGAUAUUGGAGAAAAAUGUUUCUCUAGCAUUUUUUAAGUCUAAAUUGUAUUCACGGAGGCUCUCUUUAUAGAUAUCAUGGUGAAUGUGAAGUUUUGUUUUACGCCAGAUGCGGUCAACCUUCCUGCAUUCCUUUUUAUGUGCUGUUACAGAAGCAGCUUUUCUCCAGGGUGCCUUUUGCUUUCCAGAAAUCGUUUUAACCUUAUAAGGUGCAAUGACAUCUAUGACUUUCAAAAAUGUCAAAUUAAAGUUUUCUACAAGAUCAUCAGGAGAACAUGGGUUUAGAGGUGGUAGCAAGGAGAUGGCCUUUUUAAAAAGUACAUUUGAAUCUUCAUUGAUCUACCGUUUUUUGACAGUGUUUGAUUUUGUCUGUAUAUCGGGAAUAAAAGAUAUGUUAAAGAAAACACAAAAGUGGUCAGACAAGGAAAGAUCAGUCACAGAGAGAUCAGAAAUAUUGAGGCCCUUUGUGAUAACCAGGUCUAGAGUGUGCCCCUUACAAUGAGUAGCCUCUUUCACAUGUUGAGACAGUUCAAAUGUGUCCAAAAUGGCAAAACGUUUUUUUGCACACUUGUCAUUCAAAUCAUCAGUAUGAAAAUUGAAGUCACCAGUUAUAUUCUGUGGAGAUGCUAGACAAUAGUUCUGUGAAGUCAUCGAAAAAAUUUCAAUACAGCACUAAGGUAUUCGAACGAUGGAAAAUCACCAAAUAACAUCUGUUUCCCCUGAAAUACAUUUUUAAAUAUAGCAGCAACCCCUCCACCUCUUUUUCCAGAUCUACAUGCAUCAAAAAAGUUAUAGUUGGGAGGAGCUGUCUCUAUCAGAACGGUUGCACUGUUAAUUUGUUCCAGCCAUGUUUCAGUUAAAAACAUAAAAUCCAGUUUAGAAGUGGUAAUAAAAUCAUUAACUAAAAAUUAUUUCUUAUUAAGAGACCUCACAUUAAGUAGAGCCAUCCUGAUGGUGUUGUUGAUAGGCUUUAAGGUUGUUUUUGGUUUGGAGGCAAUAGAUAUGAGAUUUGUGAGGGGCCUGUAGAGUGGACCACGGGCCGGUACAGUGGACCACGGGCCGGUACAGAGGACCGCGGGCCUGUAGAGUGGACCACGGGCCGGUACAGAGGACCGCGGGCCUGUAGAGUGGCCCGGUACAGAGGGCCACGGGCCUGUAGAGUGACCCGGUACAGAGGGCCACGGGCCUGUAGAGUGGCCCGGUACAGAGGACCGCGGGCCUGUAGAGUGGCCCGGUACAGAGGGCCACGGGCCUGUAGAGGACCACGGGCCGGUACAGAGGACCGCGGGCCUGCAGAGUGGCCCGGUACAGAGGACUGCGGGCCUGUAGACUGGGCCUGUACAGAGGGCCACGGGCCUUUAGAGUGGACCGCGGGCCUGUAGAGUGGACCACGGGCCGGUACAGAGGACCGCGGGCCUGUAGAGUGGACCACGGGCCUGUAGAGUGGCCCGGUACAGAGGACCGCCGGCCUGUAGAGUGGCCCGGUACAGAGGACCGCGGGCCUGUAGAGUGGACCUCGGGCCGGUACAGAGGACCGCGGACCUGUAGAGUUGCCCGGUACAGAGGACCUCGGGCCUGUAGAGUGGACCGCGGGCCUGUAGAGUGGCCCGGUACAGAGGACCACGGGCCUGUAGAGUGGGCCGGUACAGAGGACCACGGGCCGGUACAGAGGACCGCGGGCCUGUAGAGUGGCCCGGUACAGAGGACUACGGCGCCGUGCACUAGGGCCCCACUCUGGGAUGUCGUAUGUUCUGAUUUGACGAUCAAAAGCUACAUCGGGAGUUUUUUUUGUCAUAAAUAUUUAUUUAUUUCGUUACCAUUUAAAUAAUGGGUAGGCCUAGGUUAUGUAGUGCCUCCAGAGGUCAUUAUCCAUUUCAUUGUUAUUUGUAAACACUUAAUUACCCUUGGAAAUAAUUGUAAAAUAAUUUUGUGCUACAUUUAUUCUGAUAGAUUUUAUUCUGUUUAAUUUUAUACUCCCAUCAAUUUCUAAAUCUGACAUCAUUCAGAGAUUGGUGUAAAGAGCAAGACCCCUAACCUGCCUCUUAAAGUUGCUUUACUAGAGAUUUAAGUGCUGUACUUUGAGUGCCAUGGGUUAGAAAUGCCAUGCGAUAAUGCAAUGAGAAACAUGGGGAGGUAGGGGACAUCUUUUGGGGUGGUUCAGUUUCUAGUCAUGGUCUUUUCUUCUCUUUACAACUCUCUAAUCUUACCUGCAGCAGCCCAAAUACCAUACAGCUAUCUGGAUUCACUUAGUCAUUAUGGUUAAAUGCUUUGACUAAACACAAAAGUAUCAAAUGAUAAAAUCAAUAUUAUUCAAAAAGUAUUUGAAUAAUAUUGAUCCAAAUAUUGAUCUAGGAGCUCAUAGCAUUACAACCACUGUCGUAAUUUCAUAAAAGCAGAGCUCACUUCAAUGCCCAUUUACCAGGUAGUGAGGAGUGGCACGAUCGCGGGACGCCCAGUAAUUGCAUGCACUAUACUUUGGACUUUGGCUGUGCAACAGGACACGAAGGCAGUAUCCUUUUUAUGGCACGGUGUCAAUAUCUUGGUUCCAAUAAAGAGAUCCAAUUUGAAUCCAAUGAUUAUGUUGUGUCCCCCACCCUCUGGGGCAGAAAGGGCCACAUCCAAGAUCGAGAGAGGCACACCUCUCCUAAGGGCUGGUGUCUAGGUGACUGCCUUGUACUGUACAUUAGCUUGUAGGUUACUGGUCAUAGCUUCUAGAAGAUUGUGUUUGAUUUAUGUUGUUGGCCAUGUACCACUCUAAUCUUCCUCGCUGGUCCCUCCCCUGUUGACAUUGUCCAACCCUUUGGGAAAGUCUUGGAGGAAAACAAUGUCCUAACUGGGAGAAAAAAACGUUUUUCUGGGAAUGGCAAAUAUUUGCCUUCAAUUGGCACACAAGCGAUCAAAACAAGAAAGGCUCUUAUAAUUCCUUAUUUGUUAAAGGGUAAAUGACCUCCAAGCCCAGUCUACUGGCACCUUCAUUCGGGUAAGAGUGUUUUCAAUUUGGCACUAUGUCUGAUUGGAUGGAACUGGUUUCCAGCCUAGACAUAGAACUAGCCUAUAGGUAACUUAUGGCAUUUAUACAGUGCCUUUCAAGAUACUGAAAUACUUUGCAUAGUGAGUGUUUGUGUGGGGCGGGGCAUGUGCUUGGGUGGGGGGGUUCGAGGAAGCACCCAUGAUACAAACUUGCGAUGAGUGUCAUGGGAUCUUUAGUGACCACAGGGAGUCAGGACCUUGGUUUAAAUUCUCAUCCUAAAGACGGUGCUCUGGACGGUGACCAGGAUAGAACCCCGGUGUCUGUCCUGGGCACUGGGGAUAUGACAUAAUUCAAUUCAAUUAAAUUUUAUUUGUAUAGCCCUUAAUCACCAUUACAGUCUCAAAGGGCUUAACAGGCCAAAUAUUCAUGACACCCCCCUUUACCCAAGCCCCCACACGGGCAAGAAAAAACUCCCUUGAAAUCAGCAAGGAAGAAAUCUUGAGAAGAAACGCAUAGUAGGGGAUCCCUUCUUCCAGGGAUGGUCAGGAGUGCAAUGGGUGCCACAAUUGACAUACAGGUAAAUACAUGCACAUCAUAAUAAAAUGGUGAAUGGGAUCUGGCCGGUUAUCCAUGAGGAGAGUCCAGGCAUCCAGUCCAGCACCCGCAACAAGCUAGAACAGACAGAAUAGUGAAUUAAACGGAGAAGUACGUAGUGGGAAUGUAUACUGUAAUAACAAAAGCGCAAGCAAAUAGAGUGGUCAUCACGUCACAUCUGUCAUUUUCAAACUCCUAUGUUCCAAAUGCAAGAUUGUAGAGAGUGAAGAAGAGUGCUGUGGUCGAUCGCGUCGAACGCAGCGCUGAGGUCCAGCAGCACAAGCAUUGAGCUUGUAUUUUUAUCCAAAGCAAAAAGGAUGUCAUUUACAACUCUUGUAAUAGCAGUUUCAGUUGAGUGGAAACUCCUGAAUCCUGACAGGAAAGGUUCGAAGAGAUUGUUCCUCGUCAGAUAAUCGAUGAUUUGCUUUGCUACAAUCCUUUCCUGUACCUUGGACAGGAAGGGCAGAUUCGAUAUAGGUCGAUAGUUCCUGACUAGUUCAGGAUCUAGGCCAGGCUUUUUGAAUAGCGGUUUUAUCACCGCAGCCUUGAAAUUGGAGGGUACAAUUCCUGUUGAAAGUGAGAGAUUCAUAAGUGAGUGGAUUGCAGGCCCCACCAUGGGAAGAAGUUCCUUAAGAACCCUGGAAGGGAGAGUAUCCAACAUAUAAGUUGUUGGCUUCGAUGCCUUUAUCACCCUUUCAAGUUCCACCAGAGAAAUUGCCUUGAACUCCAGGAGAGCCGCGCAAGAGGUCCCCAUCCUGCCCCGCAGGAUGCGCAGGACAAGCCGUACGGCAAGCAUACAUUUCCUCUCUGAUUGAUUGAAUCUUAUUCUCAAAGAAAUCCAUGAAUUCACCUGCCACGAUCGAGGAGCCUACGGUCUGAGUCGGUUUCUGAGUCAGACUGUUCACCGUUUCAAAAAUAAACUUGGGAUUGUUUCUAUUCAAGUUGACCAGACCAGAGCAAUGAGCCGCCCCUACUGGCCCUCCCAACACCAGCAAUAAAUGGGGACUCAUUUGCUAAGGCUUGCCUGGAUUUCUUACUGAAACUUUGCGCACGCAAAAAUCUGUAAAGAUGCGUCAGAAAAAAGAAAUCUGGAUGUAUCAAUCCUUGCGAGCCAAAAAAAUCAUAGAAGUCGCGGAACACCCGUUCCCUUUGAAUGCGACCAUUCGCAAUAUCUUCUAACACUUACAACACUGCCAUUGUCGACCUAUUGAUUAUUGCCUCAUUUUGCGCAUGCUUUUAUAUCCUCAUUUAUUUGAAUGCAUGGUGAUAAUAGGUUGUUCCCAUACACCCAAGGUGUCAAUAUAUUUACAUAAUUCAAAAUCGACCGACUGGUUCAUUGAUGGAUUGAUUUUAAGUAGCAAUGGCUUGUGCUUACGCCACGCAACAUCAAAUAAUACUAUUGCAGUCAAGAAUUUCACGACAAAUGCGUGAAGAGAUCCAUUAGCGCAGUCAUCACUGAAAAUAAUAUUGCUGGGGCUUCAAAUUUCCUAUUAAUUCCAAUAUUGACAUUAUAGUUUUAUGGGUCUGUUUAAAUGCUACUUUAUAGAUGCUUUAAUAUAGAUAUUAGUGGGCCCCUAACACAGUAUUUGAAGACGUCCUUGAAAGUCAGCCGUGGUGCAGAAUUACAGCCACGAGCGAGUCGAACAUUGAGCUUUCCCCAAACUUUGGCUGUGUCCUGUAAAUAUUCUAGAACACUCCGGGUGCUCCGGUGAGCGAGCGUGUCUAAAAAGCCACAAUCCUGAAAGACCGUGAAUAUUUUGAUUAAGCGCAAAAUAAGUCAAGACAUUUAAGUCCUGGAGCUCUAUAUCUAAAUAAUAUCAUAUUAUACAUAGACAUCUAUAUCUAUAUACAUAUCAUAUAAUAUAUAUUAUCACGGCCAAAAGCUGUGUGUGCCUCUAUACGAUAUUAUAAAUCUCAAACGACUGCGUCGGGUUCUCCGACGUCUCUGGUUCUUCCAAGUCCACAUCAAUCUGAAGUACACUGAACCACGACAUGGAGGAGAAAGGGAUUGUUGCCCGUGAUUGUUGACCAUGAUUGACUCCCGCCGGAGACUCGCUGCCAAGGGACCACCGCCUCGGCAGCGGGCAGCGUUUAGGCACCACCGCCUCCUGCAGCGGGCAGCGCCGAGGCGGUGGACCCUCGGCAGCGGGCAGCGGGAAGCGCCCAAGCGGGAGGCAAUCGCGGGCAACAAUCCCUUUCUCCUCCAUGCAUUGAUUCAUGUACUUCAGGGAGUCAAAGCCAAAGUUUCUUUGCCCCAAUUCCUUCUCAACCAUGGCUGAGAUAACCCCCACUACGAGUCUCGUUGUUGAAAUACCAAAGAGACAAAAGUCUGUUGUGUUAUGCGCCAUAACACCAACAGAAGAAAGGGUUAUCCAAAUAACAAGGAAGUGUACAACACUUGCGUUACAGUCCUGGAGCUCUAUAUCUAUAUAAUAUCAUCUAAUACAUAUCAUAUAAUACAUAUUAUCAUGGCCAACAGCUGUGCGCCUCCAGACGAUAUUAUGAAUCACAAAGGACUGCGUCUGGUUCUCCGACGUCUCUGGUUCUUCCACUUCCACAUUAAUCGGAAGUAGACUGAACCGCGCGCUGCCCGCUGCCGGCUGCCC